AUGCCCCCAACGGGCCCUAGAGGCGGUAUAUUCGCCCCACCUUUCGGCAAGAUAUACCUCGAUCCCUCCUUACCGUCCCACACCGACCUUCUCGCCCUCCUCCGAAAGAACGGUGCCCAGCUGGUCGACACCCCCUCUGACACUUCCUGCCGAAUCAUUAUUCUCCACCCGUCAUCUACUGCCAGCUUUGACGCGUACUGUCAUCCGGUAUGGCUCACUAUGGCCGCGAGGUUUCGGUAUCUGCGGAAAAUACGGGCGGGGGGCGUGGAGGAGUGGAAAGUACGGACGAUCGUCUCAGAGGAGUGGGUUGGGAAGUGUGUGGAUGCGAACAAGGUCCUGGGAGAGGAAGAGGGAUGGGGAGGGUGUAGGAAAGGAGGACCGCCGAUCAGACCUCAAGUCUCGCCGACGGUCCCCGUACCUCGGACCUUCGCUCCUGUCGCUUCCGAAGCUACACCAGCUACUCACCUUCUAUCAGCAUCAGCGAACACAAUCUCAUCCUCGACUCAGAUGAUGGGAGCGGACCCAGAGAACAAUGCGUCAGGCUCGUCCCGCUCGACCUCGCUCGCGCCUUCGGGGCGAGGCGAGCCUACCCCUCCCCCGCCUCCUCCCCAGCCAAGGAGCAUCGUCCUCGCACCUAAAGCCCCCGCUCUCAACACGUUCAGUAAUGACUGGCAACAUGAGCGAUCCCCGCCGGUCAUCCUCGAAGGGUUCAAGAUCUUUCUCGAUAAGGGACGGUAUGGGCGGAAACAGACCAUGGCUUCCAUCGGGAAAAGCAAAGGCUUGGUCGUGCCCACUAUCGAAGAAGCGACCCACGCCCUCCUCUCGCCAGUCUUGCGCGCCGAAGCGCAGAACCGCGCCGACACAAUCCGAAGAGCCGCAGCUCGGGGGACAUGGUGUCUAUGCUAUGACUGGCUGGAGGAGAGCUGGACGGCGGGCAAGGUGCUGUCGGAGUGGAAUUAUGUGUAUGAGGGCGGGGUGCCAAAGGGUGCAGCAGAAGCUAGAGCUUCCGAGGAGGAAAGCAAGGGCACACCAAAGCCAAAGGCUUUGGUAGCUGCGGCAAAGCACACAGUCCCGGCUGCAACUCCGGCGUCCCAAGGGUCCUCCGGUCCCGUCAAGGAGAAUGCAAAGCGCAAGAUGCCAAAUGAGCAGCUUUGCCAGAUCUUUCGAAACGCCCAAGCCUUCUCGUUGAAGGAUGGCGAGAACAAGAAGACUAUGAUCCAGAAGCUCGUCGCCGAUCAUCCGGAGUACACCGAACACACCUUUCUCUACCUCUAUUCAAGCUGGAAAAACAGCACGCAUCGCUUCUCCCCUUACGCCAAGGACGUCGAGUACAAGAAGCAUACCGCCCUAUUCGCCCCAUUACUUGCUCUUGUACGGACCGGCGUUUCCCUCGGCGAUAUCGCUACUCGACUCGCAUCCGAUCAUCCGGCUUACGGAUUCUCGGCCCAGGCGUGGGAAGUCCAUCUCGGAAACUACCUGCGUGACCUCGAACCUCACCAUUGGACCAACACGAGUCACAACCGGCGCAUGGAACUGGUGACGAUCUUCAAAAGAGAUCAUGAUCGCUCGGAAUUGAAGUACGUGGAUGUCAUUGCGGAUACUGGGGAAUCGCGCCCAUAUGUCGACAAGAUUUAUAGGCUGUGGCGUCUCGGUCAAUUGAAGGAUGUCCCGGAUGACGCACAGCCGUCGGCGAUGGUGAGGUCCGAAGGCGUUACGGAGGCCGGCGCUGAGGCUGGUGUGGAUGGGGAAGGGGACGGGAACACACCGGGCUUGACGGCUGAUCGGGCUUCAUCGUCAAGUUCGGUCAAGCGGAAGGCAGUGGGCAGCUCGGGGAAUGGGAGAUCAAGGACAAAGCGGGCAAGAGAGGACGAGGAGGACGAGAUGAUGCUGGAUAUAGAGCUGGAGGUGGGGCCGGACGAACCUAUUACGAGGGCGGCGGCGAGGAGGGAGAAGAUGGCGGCGGAAGUCACGGAUUUGUGCUUUAGCUCGGGGGAGGACGAUUAUGAGAUAUAG